AUGCCUAAAGCUCCCAGAGGAGGCGGUUGUGCUGGGAAGGCAGACCUUGCCAAGCUGGCCGACAAGAUGCUGCGCACCCCCAAGUGUUCACGGUGCCGGAACCAUGGCUUCCUGGUGCCAGUCAAGGGCCAUGCGGGCAAGUGUCGCUGGAAGCAGUGCACCUGCGAGAAGUGCUACCUGAUCACGCAACGCCAUAAGAUCAUGGCUGCGCAGAAAGGGCUCAAGAGGCAGGCCUCUGAGGAAGAGCAUGAGUUAGCCUCCGGGGCCACGGCUGUUGCCCUGGCGCCCAGCCUCCACCCGCUGCCUCAGCUUGCAGCUUCUGAAGACGCGGACCCUGGCCCUGAGGGCCCCGCGGCCGCCUGCUUGCUGGAGAGACCACCACAGGGCCCGAGUCCUGGCCUGAGCGCCUUCCAGCCAGUUCUGGGAGGCCGCGGCCACAUGGGGCCGAGUGAAAGAGCUGCUGUGGCCGUGCCCAGUCUUGUGGGGCUCCAGCUCGGGGUGGAGGCCGCAGGCAGGGGAGGCCCCGGCUUCCUGGAGUUGCGCAGGCCCAUACGUCCCAUGCCCAGUCCGCCAUUCGCCGACUUCGGGCUUCCUCUGAGCAUCAACUCGGAUCAUGCAGUGGGGUCUGAGUACCUGGAGAGAGAGCCUUUCAAGCUGUACCCCAGCUGCUCCAGCAUGCACUCCUAUCACCCGUUCCCACUGGGCUACCAGGAUGCAUCCCCGGGGAUCCCCCUGCAGUGGGGCUUUCGGCAUGUGUCCUAUAACCACUAUCAUGGAGGAGGCUUGAUGUCAGAGCCAGAGGUAGACUUCCAGCCAAACUACUACCAGCUGCCGCUGCCGCCGCCGCCGCCGCCACCACCACCGCCGCCCCUGCUGCAGCCGCUGCAGCCGCUGCAGCCCCCGUUUCUCCCGCCAGGCUUCCUCUCUGCGCUUCACUUCCUCCCACCACUGCCGCCUCCACCACUGACACCACCGUCAUCAUUUUCACUGACCAUGAUGUCCGAUGAGGACAAGGAGACCACUGAUGACCAAGAUGCCGAGAUGCCGCAUGAGCCCAACCAGGCGUUAUCUCAGGAGCAGUCCGAUUAG